AUGUUUUGGAACCGUCUUUUAACUUCAUGGUGUCAAUACAUAAUUAUAGCUCUGUGUCUAAUCACCACAAUCUUCGCUUACGCAAAAAUUUUCUUUUCUCUGCGUCAUAAUCAAAUUCAUGUUCAGAACCAUGCUGCUCAAGGACAACCGAGCCAAGCAAUCACACUAAACAUAGCUCGAUACAGAAAGGCGGUUUACAGUGCAAUGUGGGUCCAGGGAACAUUGGUUGCAUGUUAUUUGCCGUUUGGUUCGUGGUAGCUUUGACACCUCAACAAGGGAUGACUUUAUCGGUAUACCUCGUUAGACGAUUUACUGUUUCUUUACUCUAUUUAAAUUCGUCAUUGAACCCGUUCUUGUACUGUUGGAAGAUCAGGGAAGUAAGGCAAGCUGUAAAAAAAACGUUAAGGCAAAUAUUCUGUCGAUCGAGUUAGUUUACUAUGGUUUUCAACUUAAAUUCGUCAGUGCCAAAAACACUAGACUACACUUAAAACGAAUCAUACACAUGUAAUAUUUAAGUUCUAUUGCGCCUUAAAAGGUUCAGUCUUUGGCGGAAAGAGCGGUAUUAAUUAACCCCCCCCCCUCCCUCUUUAUACAUUACAAGGAAAAUUAAUCAUAAUAAAUGAAUUCAUAUGUAUUUGCUUGAAUUUAUUGUACGUAAAAUUAGCAAUAAAACAAAUUUUAACCAACGUGAUAAGUACAAAAAUUAAAGUACAUCAUUUUUGUUGUUUCAUGGGAUUUUAAUGGCUCAGUUCACUUAACGAAGAGUCAUUUUUACCUGAUAAAUUUAGAGAGAUGACAAAACAAACAAACCCCGCUUUUUUUGAUAAUGAUAGCAUUAAGCAAUUGACCACACUUUCUAUGGGUUUACCGGCGUAAUAACCCACGCGGGAUGUUGGAAAAACACGAGAAAAGUUUGUAAAUCACUCGCCUUCGGCUCGUGAUUUACAAGCAUUUCGAAUGUUCUCCCAACAUCCCAAGUGGGUUAUCACGCCGAUAAACCCAUAGAAAGUGAGGUCUAUUGCUUUUAUAAAAUAACUUUAAGUAAAACUAUGAGUUUACCGGCACAAUAAACCAUAGGUUUCUGGCCAAUCAGAACGCGCGUACUAUUUUAAUUAUUUUUUUUUAAAUAAUAUUAAUAUUAAAUAAUCUUUAUAGAGGAAGCUCUAGUCACGUUUAGUGGUUUUUAGGGAGGUCCACACGAAGAUUAAAAAAUGUGAGAACUACUAAUUACAAUCAGUCUUAAAAAUUUAACUAUUGCUCAAAUAUAAAAAGCUAACGGAUAAAAAUUUAAAAGGGCAAGAAGGCUAAACAACUAACCCCACUAGACCGGGGUCCCCCACUCCAUGUAAACAGGCCCUAAGACAAGAGACUUUAUUUGAUGACUCUGAUUCAUUUCGUUUUGCAUACAGAAUUGAGUAAUUUUCUCAAACUGAAAUCAUGGAGCUACAACUUUUGGUGGAAGAAAUUGUUGGCACCACAUAUACAGACCGCUCACCGUCAACUCCAUGCACACUCUUUUAAAGGCUUCGGAUACAAAAAAACACCCUGUCCAAGACGCUAAAUAGUGAAAUUGUGUACCAUGUUUAAGACUAAAGACCCUGAUAACUAUACCCUGUUCAGGGGCACAUACCCCUCUAGGCCAAAUAAGGGAGUGCACCCCCCGGUGAAAACCAAACAAGUUGGUAUGUUUAGACUGUUAAGGCUUCUUGUCUUCAUACUUAGCAGGACUAGCUCUUUCUCGAUCAAGAAGAAGGGAAAAGAGGCUCUGCUCACAGGAUGGCAGAGCCGAUGAUUAUUAAGUUCGAGGAAAUAUAAGAGCUGUCAGGGGUCUAGAACGUAACUAAGUACGCAUCUACAGGGGAGAGGGAGAGGAAAUUAAUAGAUCUCAGUUCCUUAUGUAUAUAGUUCUACAAAAAUGACGUUUAUUUCCUUAGGUUUUUCUAGAAAUGUUUGUUAUUCGCUUAUAACAAAGCCGAAAACAGGGCUCAGGCAAUUGAACAUAUCUGGGCGGAUUGAUUGGACUCCAUGUCUUAAAAGUAGCGCGUUGGAACAACCGAUACAAAAUUAAUGCACGAGUCAUAUUAUAAUAAGGUUUGUUUUCUGUCCAUUUGAAGCUUUAAGUUAUAAGCAAACAAAAACAUCACCUGCUUUGCUUUUACUUAGUAUUGCAAUAAUUCAGUAAAACAGGACGAGAAUUAAAUUGCCAUGCGCUUAGACAAUUAGUUUACACAGUAUAGAUAUGGGGAAAAACUCUUGAGAGUAGAUGCAGUGCAGUGAAAUGGCAGUCAGCGGACAAAUCUUAAUAUACCCUACUACUAGCCGAGGAUUCUUUCUGGUGUGAAUUUUAAGCAUUUACGAAGUUUUUCACUUAGUUGCCUCACAUAACAGGCACAAAACUUAAAACCAUUGUUGCUAUCACUAAUUAUACCUUUUUUCGGCUAUCUGACCGCAAGUUGGUUAAUAAUGCAUAAAACGCUCGCCUGGGCGGGAAAAUGAUUCGAUGAUGACUCAAGCUUAUAAACUUAACAGUUUGUGUUAAUGGAAUUUUCUGUCAAAUUACUCAUACGUCAAGCUUUUAAUGGACAGACAACAUGAAAAGCCAUUAAAAUCUUCCGUCCAGUUCGUUUCACCUGAGCCUGGCACAUGCAGGCUGCAUCAUAGUUCGAAGUUGGCUUGAACAACUACAAAUUAAACUUUUCUGAAACCCCGUCUAGCCCGACAAAAAAGUGCGUGCUGUCUUCUGACUGACUGCAGCUUUUUACCAUAAGCUGACUGAAACACGAUGAUAUUUAUAUAAACAGCCUUAAGUUAUUAGUGAUAAACUUGUGAGAAUCAUAUCACUUCCCUCAAAAUUAAAAGAGCGAUAUUUAAAUAAAGCCCUCACUUGCACCUCAUUUCAUCGCAGAUGAAUAUGGCUCAGACAAACGUUACUGAAGAUGAAAACCAGAAAACAUUCAUGGAACUGUUCUGCUUGGCGGAAUUUAUCAGAGGUGUAGAUGGCGAGCUUAUAUUUCUUUCAGCUCUUAAUAUUUUUCUUUCCAUUACUGCAUUUCUGGGGAACACUCUGAUCCUAGUUGCCCUACACAAGGAAACUUCACUUCAUCCGCCGUCCAAACUUCUGUAUCGUAACCUAGCGAUAACUGAUCUCUGUGUUGGUAUCAUUUUGGAUCCUUUGGCUGUGACUUAUUUGACUUCUGUUGUAAAGGAAAGAUGGGAUAUUUGCCAUUACUCACAUUUUGCAGAAGUUUUCUCAGGUUAUACUUUGUGUGUAGAGUCUUUAGUAACACUGACUGCAAUAAUUGUGGACAGACUUCUCACCUUUUUGCUUGGGCUCAGAUACAGACAAGUUGUAACUUAUAGCAAAACAUGUAUAACUGUAAUUAAUUUAUGGAUUUUUUCCAUUGUCGGUGCAUCUACUAUCUUUUGGAACCGUCUUUUAACUUCAUGGUGUCAAUACAUAAUUAUAGCUUUGUGUCUAAUCACCACAAUCUUCGCUUACGCAAAAAUUUUCUUUUCUCUGCGUCAUAAUCAAAUUCAUGUUCAGAACCAUGCUGCUCAAGGACAGCCGAGCCAAGCAAUCACACUAAACAUAGCUCGAUACAGAAAGGCGGUGUACAGUGCAAUGUGGGUGCAGGGAACAUUGGUUGCAUGUUAUUUGCCGUUUGGUAUAGUGGUAGCUUUGACACCUCAACAAGGGAUGACUUUAUCGGUAUACCUCGUUAGACGAUUUACUGUUUCUUUACUCUAUUUAAACUCGUCAUUGAACCCGUUCCUGUACUGUUGGAAGAUCAGGGAAGUAAGGCAAGCUGUAAAAAAAACGUUAAGGCAAAUAUUCUGUCGAUCGAGUUAGUUUACUAUGGUUUUCAACUUAAAAUUCCUCAGUGCCAAAAACACUAGACAGUCCUUAAAACGAAUCAUACACUUGUAAUAUUUAAGUUCUAUUGCGCCUUAAAAGGUUCAGUCUUUGGCGGAAAGAGCGGUAUUAAUUAACACCCCCCUUCCCCAUCCCCCCCCCCCCCCUUUAUACAUUACAGGGAAAAUUAAUCAUAAUAAAUGAAUUCAUAUGUAUUUGCUUGAAUUUAUUGUACGUAAAAUUAACAAUAAAACAAAUUUUAACCAACGUGAUAAGUACAAAAAUUAAAGUACAUUUUUGUUGUUUCAUGGGAUUUUACUGGCUCAGUUCACUUAACGAAGAAUCAUUUUUACCUGAUAAAUUUAGAGAGAUGACAAAACAAACAAACCCCGCUUUUUUUGAUAAUGAUAGCAUUAAGCAAUUGACCACACUUUCUAUGGGUUUACGGGCGUAAUAACCCACGCGGGAUGUUGGAAAAACACAAGAAAAGUUUGUAAAUCACGAGCCGAAGGCGAGUGAUUUACAAGCAUUUCUAAUGUUCUCCCAACAUCCCAAGUAGGUUAUCACGCCGAUAAACCCAUAGAAAGUGAGGUUUAUUGCUUUUAUAAAAUAACUUUAAGUAAAACUAUGAGUUUACCGGCACAAUAAACCAUAGGUUUUUGGCCAAUCAGAACGCGCGUACUAUUUUAAUUAGUUAUUUUAUAAAAUAAUAUUAAUAUUAAAUAAUCUUUAUAGAGGAAGCUCUAGUCACAUUUAGUGGUUUUCAGGGAAGUCCACACCAAGAUUAAACAAUGUAAGAACUACUAAUUACAAUCAGUCUUAAAAAUUUAACUAUUGCUCAAAUAUAAAAAGCUAACGGAUAAAAAUUUAAAAGGGCAAGAAGGCUAAACAACUAAAAGAAAGGCUAAGUAAAAAAUAUACGACCGAACUAAAAUAUUAACUAUCAUUCAAACACAAAGGCUUUCGACUAAAAUAUUUGGCUCUUAGGUUGCGCUUUAAAAUUUUCCAUGGCAUGGCUCUCCUUAAAAGAUUGGGGAGACUUGCCCAGUCACUAAUGCAUAUACAUAACUCGUUCAUUAGAUCAUAACCCCUUUCACAUUGUGGACUGUACGUUUGACCUUUGCGUUAACCUGAAACCUCUCCAUGUUCCCUUAUGCGCCUGGUUAUGAAGCAGGGAAAUGUGUGUAGUGAACUAGCGGACAAUAAUCAAAGAGAAGGUUCUUCUCGUGAGCAAUACCGUACGGGAAAAAAGAGGAGAAGAGGAAUUUAACCAUUCUUGUAUCCCCAAAGACGCAUCCUACCAGCAGAGUCUUUCUUUCGCUUGCUUGAUUUUAGCGUAUUCUAGAAAGACUGCACCAUUCGAGUAAGAUCUUUUUGACCAUGCGCUGAUCGUUGCUAGGAUACAGCUCCGAACACAGGCCUAAAGCCGUACGCUGAGUGCAGCAGGCUCAGUUACGAUCAGAGGUUUAUCAACUGAAACGAAUGCUCGCAUUAGAAAAACCAGUUUGACGAGGGAAAACGUGAUUGACCAGUCCAAACGUUCUUUGACGCGAUUCGGGCAAAGCCUCUUUUUCUCUAGCUCUUCCUCGAUCAAGUAGAAGCGAACAAGAGGCUCUGCUCAGAGGAUGGCAAAGCUGUUGAUUAUUAAGUUCGAAGAAAUAUAAGAACUGUCAGGGGUCUAGAACGUAACUAAGUACGCGUCUACAGGGGAGAGGGAGAGGAAGCUAAUAGAUCUCAGUUCCCUAAAAAAAAAAAUAUAUAUAUAUAUAUAUAUAUAUAGUGCUACAAAAAUGGUAUUUAGUUCCGUGGGUUUUCCUUGAAAUGUUAGUUAUUCGCUUAUAGUAAAGCCGAAAAUUGAGCUUAGGUAAUAGAACAUGUGUGGGCUGAUUGACUGGACUGCCUGUCUUAAAAGUAGCGCGUGGGAACAACUGAUACAAGAUCAAUACACGUGUCAGUAAUAAUCCAACCUAAUUAAGGUUUUUACGUUGAUUUCUGUCUAAUUGAAGCUUUAAGUUAUAACCAAGUCAAAGACAUCACCUGCUUUGCUUUUGGUUAACAGUGCAAUAAUUCAGGAAAACAGGAAGAACUACGAAUUAAGUCAACAUGCGCUCAGAUAAUUAUAUAUUAGUAUUAGUUUACGCAAUAUAGAUAUGGGGAAUGACAUUCGAUCGACUCCUGAUAAUUGAAACCUUCAAGGGAAAUAGAAACAAGUUCCAAUUAUCGGGAGUUCGAGUUAUUGUGGGUAAAAUUAUUUAGAAAACGAUCUGAAGGGAAAUGAAAAUUGCCCCGAGUUAGCGGGAAGUUCGAGUUAUAGAGGGUUGCCAGGAGUCGACCGUAUUAAAACAGCUGUGUAUUAUUAUGGAAAUAACGUACUUGCGAGAAUAGCUUGCAAAUAAAUGUAAUGCAGUGAAGUGGCAGUCAGCGGACAAAUAUUAAUAUACCCUAUACUAAUAGAAGCCGAGGUUUCUUUCCGGAAUGGUUUUUAGCAUUUAAGAAGUUUUUCACUUAGUUGUCUCCCAUAACAAAAACAUAAAAUCAAAACCAUUUUUGCUAUCACUAAUUAAUUAUACCUCUUUUCGGCUAUCUGCCCCAAGUUGGUUAAUAAUGCAUAUGACACUCACCUGUAAUGUACACUAAGUUGUUAUACGUCAACCUUGCAAUGGACAGGUAACAUGAAAAGUCAUUAAAAUCACUGAUCAGUCCAGUUCGUUUCACCUGAGCCUGGCACAGGGCACAUCAUAGUUCGAAGUUAGGUUGAAUAACUACAAAACUUUUCUGAAACCCUGGCACCGUAUCAGCCCGACGAAGACGUGCGUACUGUUUUCUGCAGACUGCGAAUUCGAAUCAUCAAUAUUACUUUCCACUCAACUGAUCUAAAAGAGCGAUAUGUAAAUCAUGAUAAAGCCCUGACGUACACCUCGUUUCAUCGAUCACAUCCGAGAAAUAUGGCACUGACAAACUUUACUGAAGAUGAAAACCAGAAAACAUUCAUAGAACUGUUCUGCUCGGCGGAGUUUAUUAGAGGUGUAGAUAGCGAGCUUAUAUUUCUUUCAGCUCUAAGUAUUUUUCUUUCCAUUACUGCAUUUCUGGGGAACACUCUGAUCCUAGUUGCUCUACACAGGGAAACUUCACUUCAUCCGCCGUCCAAACUUCUGUACCGUAACCUAGCGAUAACUGAUCUCUGUGUUGGUAUCAUUGUGGAGCCUUUGUAUGUGACAAAUUGGACUUCUGUCUUGAAAGAAAGAUGGGAUAUUUGCUAUUAUUCACUUCGGACAGCAGCUUUCUCAGGUGAUACUUUCUGUAUAGUGUCUGCAUUAACAUUGACGGCAAUAAGCGUGGACAGACUUCUCGCCUUGUUACUGGGGCUCAGAUACAGACAAGUUGUAACUUUGAAAAGAACGAGAAUAACUGUGAUAGGUUUUUGGAUUUUGUCCAUCGUUGGUGCAUCUACUUUUAUUUGGAAUAUACUUAUUUCCACAUGGUAUCAAUACAUAGUUGCAGCUUUUUGUCUAGUCACUACAAUCUUCGCUUACACAAAAAUUUUGUGUACUCUGCGUCAUAACCAAAUUCAUUUUCAGAACCAUGUUGCUCAAGGACAACAGAGCCAAGCAAUUCCACUGAACAUAGCUCGAUACAGAAAGGCAGUCUACAGUGCACUGUGGGUGCAGGGAACAUUUGUUGUUUGUUAUCUGCCGGUUACUAUAGCGGCCGCUCUGAUGCCUAAAAGAGGGAUACCUAUAUCCGCAUAUCGUGCUUGGCAUUUUACGGCUACUUUAGUUUACUUAAACUCGUCUUUAAAUCCCUUGCUUUACAGUUGGAAGAUCAGUGAAGUAAGAGAAGCUGUAAAAGAAACAUUAAGGCAACUCUUCUGUAGAUCGAGUUAGUUUAUUAUGCUUUUCAGCUGAAAAUCACACUGUUAAAUAACUACAAGUACUCGUUUUCUUUUGUCAUGUCUUAUCAACUGCCGUUUAAUUAGUCAAACUUGCUUUAGCAGAGCGAGAAUCUAAAACUUCGGCCGUUUUUUUUCCGUCGGUCUUCCUCAAGUGGGCAGCCAUGGUCCCAGAGGUUCCUAGCGGAGACCGAGGAAACUGGGGAUGACAAUCGUGACGACUUCCGUUGUAAUAAUAAUAAUAGUAAUAAUAAUAUUCAUUCCUUUUAUUGCGCAUUUUAUCAUUGAAAAUAUGAUCAAAUGCGCUUAACACUUGAAUAAGACUGAAACAAAAGAUAUAUUGCAUACUCUCUAUAUACUAAAGCUUAAGCAGUUGUUACAUUUCCUUCCUAAUAGGCAAUUUAGCAUAACUCAUAACAAGUAAAAAGUAAAAAGAGAAGAUUAAAGUAGAAAUUAAAAAACCACGAUAGCUCAAGACAGGUCGCAUUAGGCCUCUUUAAAAUAGUGCCUCUUAAUAAUAUCCAAAAUCAUUGUCCUAAUAUGGCCCGGUAAACCGUUCCAUAUCUUUGGAGCAGCUGCAGUAAAUAAUCUGUCCCCAAAACUGCAUUUGAACUUAGCGAUAGGGUCUUGCAAAAUAACGCCCACAUUACUCCGCAGGUUAGAGCGAGAACAUCAUUUUAUAUUUAUGAGAUUACUUAAAUACGCAGGCCCCAGAUUGUAAAUAGCCUUGAAAGAGAUCACAGCGGUUUUAUAGCAAAUUCGGAACUUCACCGGUAACCAAUGCAGUGCAAGCAGCACUAGGGUAAUGUGUAAGUAUCUGGGUGUAUGGGUGAUAAGUCGCGCUGCGGAAUUCUGAAGACGUUGCAAUUUGGAAAGAUACACAGCUGGUACACCAUAGAGAAGACCGUUGCAAUAAUAAAUGCGUGCCAUGAUCACACCUUGUACAAUGAGCCGUUUGGAGGAAGCAAGCGUCAAGAACUUCCUUAUUUGUCUUGCAUUAUGCAGGUGAUAGUAGAUUGAUUGUCAAGUUGUGAAACCCGGGAGUCGGAACACGUUCGUGUUUUGGACCUAGGAAUCAUUCCUAGCCUGCGUACCAGGCGCUUGGAAGUAGUGGGCAAAAGAAAGAAAAGGCGCGCGCGAGGGAGACACGCGAGGGGUGAGGGAGCAGUGGAAAAGCAGUCAGCGCACAAAUUUUUAUAUACCCUACUACUAGCCGAAGUUUCUUUCCGCUAUGGUUUUAAGCAUUUACGAAGUUUUUCACUUAGUUGCUUCCCAUAACAGGCACAAAAAUUAAAACCCUUGUUGCUAUCAUUAAUUAUACCUUUUUUCCGCUAUCUGACCUCAAGUUGGUUAAUAAUGCAUAUAACGCUCGCUUUGGCGGGAAAAUGAUUCGAUGAUAACUCAAGUUUAUAAACUUAACAGUUUGUGUUAUUGGAAUUUUCUGCCAAAUUACUCAUACGUCAAGCUUUUGAUGUACAGGCAACAUGAAAAGCCAUUAAUUAAAAAUCUUCGUACAGUUCGUUUCAUCUGAGCCUGCAUGGCACAUGCAGGCUGCAUCAUAGUUUGAAGUUAGCUUGAACACUACAAAACUUCUCUGAACCCCCGUCUCGCCCGACAAAGAAGUGCGUACUCUUUUCUGACUGACUGAAGCUUUUUAACAUCAGCUGACAGAAACACGAUGAUAAUGAUAUCAACAGCCUUAAGUUAUUAGUGAUAGACUUGUGAGAAUCAUAUCACUUUCCGCCCAAAUUAAAAGAGCGAUAUUUAAAUAAAGCCCUCAACUUAGGGUUGUUUUCUCUCUAUUUGAAGCUUUAAGUAAAUACAUCACCUGCUUUGCUUUUGGUUAACACUGUAAAAAAUGAAAUUACCAAGCUCUUAAAUAAUUAAUUCACACAAUAUAGAAACUGUGGAGAAAUACUGCGUGGAACAUUCGACUGGUUACAGUGCAGUGAAAUGGCAGUCAGCGGACAUGCAAAUUUUAAUUAUACCCUACUACUAGCCGGGGUUUUUUUCCGAUAUGGUUUUAAGCAUUUACGAGCUGUUUCACUUUUUGCCUCUCAUAACAGAGAAGAAAAUUAAAACCGUUGCUGCCAUCACGAUUAUACCUUUUUACAGCCAUCUGACCUCAAGUUGGUUAUUAACGCAUAUAACGCUCGCCUGGGAAAAUGGUGAUUGCCCAAGCUUGUAAACUUCGCAGCUUGUGUUAUCUCUUCAGUUAUUAAAAUUUUCUGCCAAAUUAAUGCAACAUAAGGUGUGGAACGUCAAGCUCGCAAUAGACAGGCAACAUGAAAAGUCGUUAAAAUCGCACGUCGAGUUAGUCACCUGAGCCUGGCCGAUAGGCUACAUCAUAGUUCUAGGUUAUCUUGAACAACAACAAAACGUUUCUGAACCACCGGGAAUUUUGUCUGGCCCGAAAAAGACGGGCGUACAGUUUUUCGGCAGUUCCCGUGAACCGCAAACGUCAAGAACUCACGUGACCAGGGCCUUGUCGUCAGAUUUGCGGUUUGAGGUUCACGUUUGUACGAUUAGACCACGCAUCGGAGAUAAGUGGUUUAUCUCAAGGUUUUUUGCAUCCUAAAACAUCACAAUUCCACGUUUAAUAAGAAGAAAUAUGACUGUCUAGAGCUCUUUUCCUUAUUGAUUAUCGAAUUCUAUGUCAAAAAUAGUUCAAAUAAUUUUGAAGGCAAUUUCUUAGCUAAAAUAGAAGUAAGUGGAUGAUUGAAUGAAAACAAACAUGGCAGCCGCGAGCUACCACCCGCGAAUCAUAAGCACCUAAUAAGGGCAGACAAGUAACGUGAAACCGUUGAGCGCAAAAAGCAGUUUGUCGUUUGCAGUAAGAUGACCAAACCUCAAUCUUAAGGUUUCUAUUAAUGAAAACACCCGGCCCCAGUUGUUCCAAAGCUGGAUAGCGCUAUCCAUUGGAUAAAUCACUAUCCAGCGGAUAAGUAUUUGGGAAAUCCACUGGAUAGAGAAUUAUCCACCGGAUAGCGCUGUCCACCUUUUGAACUACUGGAGCCAGAAGAAUUACCGCGGAUCCAACCUUCCGUUAUUAGUGAUAAACACCGCCCUCCCCCCCCCGAAGGUGGGCGAAUCAUAUCCUUUCCACCCAACUAAAUUAAGUGAUGACUGAAUAAAGCCGUCACUUACCUAAUAGCUUAUGACAUUUCCGUUUUAGAAUAUAUUGGGGUAUCAGUUAUAGUUUUGUUAAAUAUAAUUAGUUAGAUUUGCCGUUUAAGGAAACGAAUAAAUUGUUGUUGUUAUAAUUGUAUUUACAGAUUUUCACCACACAAAAUUAUAUCUUUCUCAAAAUCUCAGCCUGGGGUUUAUUCUUAAAAAAUUUCUUAAGAUUUCGCAAAUUUUAGCCUCGAUAUUCUUAUAAAAUAUAUCCUUAUAGAAAAAAAGAGUGUAUUAGCAUAUUGAAAAUGAUGUGCGAAUCAUCAAUAACACACCACUCAAUCCAAAAGAGUGAUCCUAAAUAAAGCCCUCGCGUACACCUCGUUUCAUCACAGAGAAAUAUGGCACUGACAAACUUUACUGAAGAUGAAAACCAGAAAACAUUCAUAGAACUGUUCUGCGCGGCGGAGUUUAUUAGAGGUGUAGAUAGCGAGCUUAUCUUUCUCUCAGCUAUAAAUAUUUUUCUUUCCAUCAGUGCAUUUCUGGGGAACACUCUGAUCUUAGUUGCCCUAUACAAGGAAACUUCACUUCAUCCGCCGUCCAAACUCCUGUAUCGUAACCUGGCGAUAACUGAUCUCUGUGUUGGUAUCAUUGUGCAGCCUUUGUAUGUGACAAAUUGGACUUCUGUCGUGAAAGAAAGAUGGGAUAUUUGCUACUUUUCUUUUCGGACAGCAGCUUUCUCAGGUUAUACUUUGUGUGCAGUAUCUUUAUUAACAGUGACUGCGAUAAGCGUGGACAGACUUCUCGCCUUGUUGCUGGGGCUCAGAUACAGACAAGUUGUAACUUUGAGAAGAACGAGUAUAACUGUGAUAGGUUUUUGGAUUUUGUCCAUCGUUGGUGCAUCUACCAUUAUUUGGAGUCUAUUUAUAAUUACAUGGUGUCUACGCAUAGUUACAGGUUUUUGCGUAGCCACUAUAAUCUUCGCUUACACAAAAAUUUUCUGUACUCUGCGUCAUAACCAAAUUCAUUUUCUGGUUGCUCAAGGACAUCCGAGCCAGGCAAUUCCACUGAACAUAGCUCGAUAUAGAAAGGCAGUGUACAGUGCACUGUGGGUGCAGGGAACACUUGUUGUUUGUUAUCUGCCGAUUACUAUAGCGGUCGCUUUGAUGCCUCAAAGAGGGAUACCUAUAUCUGCAUAUCGUGCUUGGCAUUUUUCGGCUACCUUAGUUUAUUUAAACUCGUCUUUAAAUCCCUUGCUGUACUGUUGGAAGAUCAGUGAAGUAAGAGAAGCUGUAAAAGAAACAUUAAGGCAACUCUUCGGUCGAUCGAGUUAG